UUUCAACCCGGAUCACAAUUCUUCGUUACACCGGCAAGAUCGAAAAACAUAUCCGAGGCUGUUUUCUGAGCUUGACAGUACUUUUAAAAGAUGAAGGUAUCUGCAUCAUAGUUUGCGAAAGAUAUGCAUAAAGGGAAGAUAUGAACAACCUUAGUGAUUUUUGGAAAUGGUGUAUUUUGUUUGCAAUACUCAUAUAUUUGAAGAAGGUUUCAACGUUGCCGCGCUGUGAAUUGUCACGUAAUUCUGUGAAGAAGGUUGAUCACUGUCCUACAGAUGCUGCAUCCUGGAUUAAGGCAGCAGAGAAAAAGAACUGUCAAUCUAUUGAACAUAACUGUUCAAUUUCUUCUGGUUUAAAUUCAAAUUUUGUUGUCCAAUACCAUUGUCUUGUGAAUAGCUGGAUGAAUGCGACCGUAGAGGUUUGUGCAUUCAAUCGUACUAUUUUGGGUUUUUGUGCAGAGUAUAACUUGAAGGGAGCAAUAAUACAGGAUAACUAUACAUACAACUGUACCAGCCAUGAUCCGCCAUGUCCGAAAAGUUACAACUCAGCAGAGGCGUACAAAUAUCCCACAUGCUAUGCUUUAGCAAAAAGAAAUCAUCAGACUACGAUGACGGCGUCUUCAUCGGCAAGACGGAUCGGAAAUACAACUGUAAUUUUUGUGACGAUCAUUUUUGGAAUACUCAUUCAUGUAUGACCAAAAUAAAAUACAUUUGUGAAUUAACUAAUGAGCUUUUCGGUAUUUCCUAAUCAGUAUAAAUAAAAUAUAAAUGUACGCAAUUGGAUAAUUUGCAAUUUGAAGUUAAAAAAAGUUAGACUUAUCAAUACAUAUAUGUAUAUGUAGUAGGCAUUUUAAUGGGUGCACCAAAUCUCAAAUCUCUUUUUUUACGAAAAAUGUGUAUUUUCCUUUGAUUCUUGAGAAAUAUUUUAUUUUUGUUACUGGGAAAAACAAAUUGAAGAAAAACUCGCAUUAAGAAAUAAAAAGAAGUAUUUGAAUAAUGCAUUGUACAAUAAAUCAUCAUUUAAAGAAAGUUUGCACGCAUGAUAUUAAUUAAACAUUUUUCAUAGUUACAAUUUAGACACAUAGUGUUUUUGUAAUGACAUCAAGCUCAAAGCUUCCGAAAGAAUAUUUUUAUUAUCUAUCUAUACAGUCAUUUUAUUAUUAAAACUCCAAAAUGAUAUCAACAAUAUGUGUUUUAAAGUUGUCAAUGUUUCAUUUAAAUUAAUUUGAAUGUUUUCAUUUUACAAUUAUUUUUCAAAUUAUUAUAUUGUUAUUUUUUACUGUUUUCUAAAGCAGUCGUAAGAAAAUUUACAUAACUUUUCCUGAACCGUUUUUGCCACCGUUAAAUCUCCAAACAAGUUCCAACGAACACAUUAAAAAAUCGAUUAGAUAGAAACAUAUAAACCCAUGUUUGGCAACGAUGGUUACUUAAUUAAGUACAUUUUACACUUAUUUAAACUAACAUAUCUUUAUACCUCUUGAUAUCAUUGAAAAAAUUCAGUUCCUGUAUAAAUAAGUAAUUUCUCAUUAACAGAACACAUGCUGAAUUGCUCGCACAAGGGUCUGUAGCUAUUAAUUAAUUCAUGGAGCGCGUUUUCCACAAUAGUCCGUUCUAAGUUAUUUCUUCCGUCCUUUUGUGGCGAUUUUUGAUUAAAAUAAACAUACCUAUCAAUGAACAUUCAAAUCUAUGAAAGGAGAACAAAUCAAAGAUUUUCUUAAUUAAUGCCGAGAGAACAUCAUCGGAGAAUUUCACUUGAACCUAAACAAUCGUCGAACGGAGAUUCAAAAUGGGGGAGUACUCGGACCACCUCGCACAAUGUGUUAACGUUAUGAUUAAUACAAAUUAAUGUUGAUUAUGAAAAACCCGACACCCCUUUCCAGUGGGCUCUCCCACGUGAAUAUAAGUGAGAGAAGCUGAGAGCUGGUGUCAUUCCUGUGUUAGCAGCAGAAGGUACCGAUCGCCCCCAUCUUGAAUUUAUUUCAAACUGUCACAUCAAGUAAAUUUUUUUCGUAGAACUCAUCGGUUAAAUUAUUUUGCGAUCUUCUUCGUCAUCUGAUCGGUGCUGAACACCUAAGCUUAAAACCUAUUCAACCAAAACGGUGCAUUACACCUGUCUUUAUCAAAAAUCCUCCCUCCUUCUGCAUAUACUGACUUAGAUAUGCGAUAAAUGUCUUAAGGGUACUGUAGAGUUUUGGUUCUUAUCUUUGAAUAUGUGUUUUGACACUUCCCCUCCCCCUGUAUCUUUUGUCAUGUGAAUUUAUGUGAAUAAUGUUUAUAAAAUGAUUAUAAUUAGAUUAAAUACACGUGAUCUGGAAGAGUUGAAUCCUAUAUUUAGGGUUGGUAGAAAAUCACUUGUUAUUUAUGCAUUAUUGUUAUAAAUUGUUACCGUGUUUACAGAACAGAGGAAAUUCGAAAUUAUAUUAUGUUAUACGUUUACAGCCUACGUGUUUGUUUUUAAAAGGCUAUUUAUGUACUUACGGGAUUGUAAUAUCAUUAUCUAUUUGUAUCUUUAUCCUCCUGCUUCUGUAGUUCCUCUUUAUUGAGUAUUUCACUUGUUUUUCUUGCACAUUUACGCAUUUCUGUUUUUCUGUUCCGAAGUUGACCUCUACUUCCGGGUCAAACUAAUGUUGUUUUGAGGAGGCUAUCUAUUUAUUUAUUUUCUGUCUUGUAUGAAAUAGUUUGUGUAUCAAUAAAUGGUGAAGCUUACAGCAGACUC